AUGGCUCAUCGCAUUGUGUCCCAAGUCCUCGUCACCGGAGCUCGGGUCUUCGGUCGUGCCUUCACCGAGGCCUACAAGCAAGCCCAGGCAACCGGCAAGCACUCCGCGGCCAAGAAAGGCACUGGAUUCUCUUCCGGCCUGACCCUGGAUGAGGCCUGCAAGAUUCUUAACGUCAAGCCCCCAGUCGCCGGCGAAGCCAACAUUGAACAUGUCAUGGAACGGUUCAAGAAGCUGUUCGACAUAAAUGAUCCUCAGAAAGGUGGCAGCUUCUAUCUGCAAAGCAAAAUUCUGCGCGCACGCGAACGGAUAGAGAUGGAGGUUCGCCAGGCGGAACGCAAGGCCGCCAGCGAGAAGGAGAUUAGCGAAGGCUGGAACCCCAAGGUUUACAAGGACCGGUGA